UAGCAAAUCUCUUUAAUUUUUUUGUUCUUCUUUGUUUCUCUCACACCCUCACAAGUCACAACUCAAACUUUUCUUUUCAACCAUUUUUCUCUGCAUAAAAAAGAGAAGAUUUACAAACCACAAGAAGAAAAAAAAUGUUGAGUGUAGCUAGUGUUGAAGCCCAGAAAGCAGAGUUAUCUUCUUCUGUAAUUCCUCCUUCUGAUCAAUCUACUGAAGAGAUACACGUGUUUAGAUCAAGAUUACCAGAUAUACAAAUUUCCAACAAUGUUCCUCUUCAUGUUUACUUGUUUGAGAGGCUCUCUGAAUUUCAAGAUAGGACAUGUCUUAUAGCAGGCAGCAGUGGACAAUCCUACACUUUUGCUGAAACUCAUCUCAUUUGCCAGAAAAUAGCUGCUGGCUUAACAAAUAUAGGAAUCAAAAAGGGAGAUGUAAUCAUGACUUUUCUCCAGAACUGCGCGGAAUUUGUGUUUACUUUUCUCUCGGCUUCUAUGAUUGGCGCCGUUAUAACUACAGCUAAUCCAUUUUACACAAAAGCAGAGGCGUUUAAGCAAUUAAAAGCGUCGAAUGCAAAACUAAUCGUUACUCAAUCUCAGUACGUGGAUAAAUUUCGUGAUUCUGGAGAGAAUGACCCGAAAAUUGGCGAAGAUUUUUCAGUCAUUACAAUUGAUGACCCCCCUGAAAAUUGCUUACAUUUCUCUGUACUUUCUGAAGCUAACGAAGAGGAAAUGCCAAAGGGAAUUGUAAUCCAACCAGAUGAUCCAGUAGCUUUACCAUUUUCUUCAGGAACAACAGGGCUACCAAAAGGUGUGAUUUUAACUCACAAAAGUUUAAUCACAGGAGUAGCUCAAUUAGUCGACGGAGAUAAUCCAAAUUUGUACUUAAAACAAGACGACGUGGUGCUAUGUGUGCUACCUUUGUUUCACAUAUUUGCGUUAAAUUCAGUGCUUUUAGUCUCGUUAAGAGCAGGAGCUAGUGUUUUACUAAUGCAAAAAUUCGAAAUUGGUGCAUUGCUGGAGCUGAUACAAAACCACCGCGUGUCAGUUGCAGCAGUAGUUCCGCCCUUGGUUCUUGCGUUGGCGAAAAAUCCGAUGGUUGAUUCGUUCGAUUUGAGUUCGAUUAGGCUCGUGUUGUCCGGGGCGGCGCCGCUGGGGAAAGAGUUGGAGGAAGCGCUACAUCAAAGAGUCCCGCAAGCUAUAUUUGGUCAGGGGUAUGGUAUGACAGAGGCAGGACCAGUAGUAACAAUGUGCCCAGCAUUUGCAAAGCAACCAUUUUCAACCAAAUCUGGCUCAUGUGGUUCAGUAGUUCGAAAUGCAGACCUCAAGGUGGUCGACCCCGAAACUGGUGGCUCCCUCGGCCGCAACCAACCCGGCGAAAUUUGCAUCCGUGGUUCCCAAAUCAUGAAAGGUUAUCUGAAUGAUGAUGAGGCCACGGCACGGACCAUAGAUGUCGAUGGAUGGCUCCACACUGGUGAUAUAGGAUACGUAGAUGACGAUGAUGAAAUAUACAUCGUCGAUAGAGUCAAAGAGCUUAUCAAGUUCAAAGGAUUCCAGGUGCCACCAGCUGAGCUUGAGUCCCUUCUAGUAAGCCAUCCAGAUAUUGCAGAUGCUGCUGUUGUACCGCAAAAAGAUGAUGCGGCAGGGGAAGUCCCAGUUGCAUUUGUGGUCCGCUCCGCCAAUGGUUUUGAAAUUACUGAAGAAGCUAUAAAGGAAUUUAUUGCCAAACAGGUGAUAUUCUAUAAAAGAUUGCACAAGGUGUAUUUUAUUCACGCUAUUCCAAAGUCUCCGUCUGGAAAGAUACUGAGGAAAGAACUGAGAGCCAAACUAGCUGCGCCCUCCACCCAGUGAAGACGACCUUUUGUGCAUGUAAUUAAAGGCUUAGGUUCGGUUUGUAUCUGUUUGAUAUUAUUUAAAUUUUUUGAGACAUAUCUCAAAAAUAUUAAUAUCCAAGUCGUUAAUGCCCUGUAGUUGUAUGUGGAUUCUCAUAUUCAAUGACUGUGAUUCUCAUAUUCAAUGUUAGUUUUUUUUCUUCUUUUUGUUUUAUAACUUUUGAAUUUUUGACAACAUUGAAUGGUUAAGUUCAUUUGGGGUUGUAACUUGUAAGUUUCUUGGCUUUUUGUGUGAAGCUGUCUCAUAUUCUUUGUAAGGAAAACUUUCCGAUUAUAUAAUUGCUAGAA